AUAGCCAUACUUGUACCCAUACAUACGUAUGCCAUAGCCGACAGAAUUUGCUUUUGACGCGUCGGUGCACCCGCGAGCGGCCACCGUUCUAUACGGCUAUUUAUCACCCAUCAAAUUCGCCCGCUUUCUCAAAAAAAUAAAUAAAAAAUCGCCCGCUUCAGUUCUCGUCGCUCAAGCUGCACUGGUGCACGUGCUCGGCGCCGCGCCACCAUGGGCUUCAGCUUCCUCCCCGUGAUGGAGUACCUCUCGCGCCGCGCCUUCCACGCCGCCGGCCUCUGCCCCCACACCGUCACCCUCCCCCGCGACCCCGGCGAGGGCAGCGGGGCUACAACGAUCCACUACUGGGCGCCGCCUGGGGAGCCGCGCCUCCCGCCGCUCCUCCUCAUCCACGGCUUCGGCCCCAUGGCGACCUGGCAGUGGCGCCUCCAGGUGGGCCCCUUCUCCCGCCGCUUCCACGUCGUCGUCCCGGACCUGCUCUGCUUCGGCGGCUCCUCCCCCUGCCCCUCCUCGCCGCCGCCCUCCGAGUCGGCGCAGGCCGCCGCGCUCGCCGCGCUGCUCGCCGCGCUCCCGGGCCUCCCGGCGACGGCGCGCGUCGCCGUGGUCGGCACGAGCUACGGCGGGUUCGUGGCCUACUCCCUGGCGCGCGCGGCCGGGCCCGCGAGGGUCGGCCCCGUGGUGAUAUCCAACUCCGACCUGCUCAUGACGGCGGAGGACGACAGGGCGUUCCUCGAGCGCGCCGGCGGCGAGUGGGCGAGCGCGGCGGACUUGCUCAUGCCGCUCGACGCGCGGACAGCGCGGCGGCUCAUGGAGCUCUCGUUCUACCGGAAGCAGGUCACCUCCAUGCUGCCGGACUUCCUGAUCAGAGAGGGCGUGCAGAACCUUUUCAGUGAUAAGAGGGAGGAGAAGAUCGAGCUCAUGAAGGCCAUAACUGUAGGGACGGAUGGGUUCCAACUUACGCCCUUGGAGCAGGAUGUUUUGCUCGUCUGGGGAGACCAUGACCAGAUAUUCCCUUUGGACAAGGCAUUUGCUGUCAAGAGGUGCUUAGGAGAGAAUGUGAGGGUGGAAGUCUUCAAGGAAACUGCACAUGUGCCUCAGAUGGAGGACCCGAAUCGGUUCAACGAGGUCAUCUUGGACUUCUUGCUUGCCUCUCAGAAGUCCUCAAACCAGUAUGAUCAGUAGUUCAAAUGGAGCACUUUUGCUCACCGGUGGAGCGAUUCCGCCAGGGAAACUUCCCUCGGGAAGGGGGAAAUCGAAGCCAUUGUCAUCCUCUCAUCGUGGGAGAACCAAUCUUCAUCAACAUCUUCACCAGCACCAUCUCAUCUCAAACCCUAGUUCAUCUCUUGUAUUCAAUGUUUGUCUCAAAACCUCAUAUUGGUAUCUGUGGGUUGGUAGUAGUGUUGAUUAAAUCUUGUAGUUGAUGUUAAUUGGUUUAUUUGGUGAAAGAUUCUUAAUGAUAUUCAAUACCUCUAUGAUCUUCAACAUGAAUAUGAUUUGUGAAUA